AUGGAGUCCCUUUUUGCCCGGUAUCUCAGCAACAAGCGCAUCACCGCCGAACAGCUGCAAGAGUUCUUCCUCGAGGAGCAGAAGGACGACCUGGACGUGGAACAGGUGAGCGCCAUCAUUGAGCGCAGCUCACUCGACUCGAUGCGACACUACGAGACGGUUUCCUACUUCACCUCUACCGAGUUCUUCGACUACCUUUUCUCGCACGAGAACUGCAUCUGGAACUACGAGCGGACGAGUCAGGUGUGGCAGGACAUGACGCAGCCGCUUAGCCAUUACUGGAUCGCGUCCUCGCACAACACUUACCUCACCGGAGAUCAGUUCAGGAGUGAGUCCUCAGUGGAGUGCUACAUCAGGUGUCUCAGAAGUGGCUGUCGAUGCGUGGAACUGGACACCUGGGAUGGAAAUGACGGCAAACCGAUAAUCUACCACGGUCACACAUUGACCACUAAAAUUUCAUUCUGUGAAGUCAUCAAGUGCAUUCGAGAUCACGCCUUUGAAACGUCACCAUAUCCAGUCAUACUUUCCAUUGAAAAUCACUGCAGUGUCAAGCAGCAAAAGGUUAUGGCCAAUUACUUGGAGAACAUUCUUGGAGACCUCUUGUUAAAAAGGCCAAUUGACGAUAAAGAAUGCAGACUGCCCUCACCUGAGCAACUGAAAGGAAAGAUAAUACUGAAGCAUAAGAAAAUUAAGCUCAACGUCGAGUGUGCCAACUCCAAAUCGAAGGAACUGGUCAAAUCAGGAUCAAAGGACAAGCCAGGAAGUAAAAAGGAGAAGAGCAUCGAAACGGACGCCGACUGUGAGCUUAGCAAGUCCCUCAAAGCGGGCGAUUUGCACAUUCUCGAUCCCUCGGACAACUCGUGGAAGAAGUACCUGGUCUUUCUGUACCACAACAGACUCAGCUACCUCUCACAAAAGGCCGAGGAUGAGGAGAAGGCGGAAGAGGACGAGGACGAGGACAACCAGACCUCGUACGGAGAGGUGGGCAGGAAGCCCAACUACUACGCCGCCUACAAGGACGAGAGCAAUGCCAACAAUGAGCUGCACUACGGUGAGAUCUGGUUUCACGGCCUCAUCGAGCGCAAUGAAUCAGUGGCCAUUCUCUACAAGCACUCUGCCCUGGGCGACGGCACUUUUCUGGUUCGGGAGAGUAAGAACAACAUCGGCGACUACACGCUGUCCUUUCUCAAAGGCAACGAUGUCCACCACAGUCACAUCAAGCUGUCCUACUCGGAGAAUGGCCUGAAGAAGUACCGACUAAAUGAUAUGAACAGCUUCAACACGCUUUUAGAACUGAUCGACCACUAUCGAACCCACCCACUGAAGAGUGAAAAGUUCUCGGAACUGUACUUAAGGCACCCUGCUCCGCCGGCGAACACGCACGAAGAUGAGCCCUGGUUCUACAAGAAUAUGACGCGAAAAGACGCUGAAGAUAUUCUGCGAAGACUGCGCCACGAAGGCGCCUUCUUGGUUAGGCCAAGUGAAAAGGAGGAGAACCAGUUUUCAAUUUCAUUCAGAGCGGAAAGUAAGAUCAAGCAUUGCCGCAUCAAAAGAGAAGGUCGACUUUACUUUAUUGGCAAUGAGGACUUUUCCAGCUUGACGGCGCUGAUUGAGUUUUACCAGAACCAUCCGCUUUACAAGAAAAUAAACCUGCGGUUCCCUGCAACACAGGAAAGUGUACGCAUUCUCGGUGGAGAGCCAGCCGACACUGCCGACUCUUCGUACAUGGACCCGAAUAGUACUGCAGUGGAAAUCAAAGCCAUCGUUCGCUAUGACUACAUUCCCAAGGCGUCGAAUGAACUGACGCUGAAAGUGGGUGACACCAUUCGAAAUAUUAUCAAGUUUGAUAACGGCUGGUGGCAGGGCGAUCUCGAACAGCAAAAAGCCGGCUUCUUCCCUUAUAACUGCGUCGACGAGAUCGUCGACGAUGAUGUUGAAAAGGAAGAUGAAGAGGAGCCGAAACCACGUUCAAUUGAUCUCGAUAAUGAGUACAUUUCAGUUUCAAUGGGACCUGAUUGCACCUUUUACAUUGGGGUGUUCAACUUCAAGGCAGCCAGUGAGGAGGAUCAGGAAGAAUGGAUCAACAAAAUUCGAGAGGUUAUCAACGCCAAUAGAGACAAGUCAGAUGGAACGCCUUCUGAUUGGGAGAAAGAACAAAAGAGCACCACUAUCAAAGUGGCUCCUGAGCUGAACCGACUGGUGCACUACUGCAUCGCCACGGCAUAUCGCGGAC